GUGGAGGCUCCAGGCCAGGUUGGCUGAGGCCUGCUGGAAGUGUCCCUGCCCAUGGCAUGGGGGUUGGCACUGGAUGGUCCUGAAGGUCCUUUCCAGCCCAGCUCCAUCUGUGGCUCCCUGGGAGGGGGCAGCCCCCAGGCUCUGCAACUCCUCGGUGCCAGCUCUGCCCCGGGCAGGGGUUCACAGCUCUCAUCCCCCAGCUCUUGCCCUGCAUGGGCAGGGCUCAGGCCACCAAAGCACCUCCCAGCACCAGGAUGCCCUGGAGGAGCCCCCUGGAGCCCCCAGCACUGCCCCUGGGCACGAGGAGAAGCUGGCAACGUGGCCAACAGCCAGCCCCAGCCCCCCUGGCAGAGGGGACCUCAGCACCAGCCCUGUGCCAACGCCAGCAGAUGGCACAGGGAGCACAAGUGGGGUGCCCAUCAGGUACUGGUCCCCUGGCAUCUUCGUGCUGGUUGCUCUGCUCCUGCUCUUCUUCAUGUACAGGAGGACCAAGUGCAGAGGUAGCCAGGACGGAGCCACUUUGCCCAGCGACUCUUCAGAUCUGGCAGCCCUGAGCCCCCCCCAGCCCCCGGCCCAGGAGAGCUCCAUCAGCGCUGCCCCCCAGGGGGGGAGGAAGGGCUCGGAGGAGCUCCCAGCGCUGGAGCUCACCCAAGGUCCCUCCUGCCAGGCAGCUCCUCCCUGGCCGCAGGCUUGAGCCCGACCCAGCCCCAGCGGUGCCAGCUGCGGAGGGCAGCCCCAGCGGUGCCAGCUGCGGAGGGCAGCCCUGGGGGGCAGGCUGGGAGCCCCUCGGGGGCCACAGCUUGGGGACCCCUGGGUGACGUCUUGGGGACUUCUGGGGGGCAGU